UUGUCAGCAAUUGCUUGAGACAAGCUUCCCCUCCACCAUGUGUGAAAGCUACUUGGCGUGAAUGCCCAGACUGUACCAAGUGGCGGCGAGUCAUGAGGGGGGGAGCUGCAAGAAAAACAGACCCACACAGAGACAAUAGGCCCCUGAAGUGUUCCCCCUGAGUUGCUUUGAUGAUGUCCUAGUGUCUAGAUGCUAGAGGGGACCAGGGCUUGCGAGGAAGAAGAAGUCUUUGUGUGCACUCUUUUCACCGGCCAGGACAAAAGAGUGGGGAGUAAGAAGCCCAAAGAGAAGAAAAAACACCAAACAAAUGAAAACCAAAGCGCUCCUCUAGAUGUUUUGUGUCCGCGGUAGUGGGGAAGCGAGGGAAGGAGAGAUCGAGUGAGGAGGAGAAGAGAGCUGCGGUAGCACAGGUUGAUUGGGUUUGUGAAUGGGCACUGUGAUCUUCUGCUGAGAGGGAGUGCUGGGAUUUGAGGCUCUGCGACAGUUGUGACUCCGGGGCCGACGCUAAGCCAGUCAGCUUGCUUUGUCUGCCGGACCAAGGUCAAAGGGAACCCUGGGAUAGGCUCUCCUCGUGAGGAGUAGCCGGGGUCUCUGAGACCUGGGGUCAUUUAAGCAGCGCUGGGGAUUUGACGAGCGCGGCCCAUUGCAAUGCAGACAUGGCCACGGCUAUAUCGUGACACAGAGGGAUAUGUGUGCCCAAGGACUGUGAGAGCUCCUUGAGGAGACUCCAGGCACACAGCACCUCACACUUACUGACAUCCAGAUGAUGCUGGAGGUGCAAGAGGAAAGAGCAGCAGCCACAGCAGGAAACUUCAGCCGGAAAGAGCGUGUCAAGAAGGAGCGGGACGAGGCAGGCCCAGACAGUGGCCGAGCCAAUAGCAACAUUAACCCCUCCUCUAAUAACCACAACCCCACCCCUAACUCCGCCCUUGCCGGCACAGGCCACUGGAACUCCCGGGCCAAGGCCACACCCUCGGCCAGCCCGCACCAGCACUUGACUCCGCCCUCUGUCUCCCUGGGAUCGCCGUCAAUGCAUUCCAGCAAUCCCAAAGUGAGGAACUCCCCAUCGGCUAACACGCAGAGCAGUCCCAAACAGAAGCAGGAGGCCAUGGUGCGCUCUCCACCCGUCAUGUCUCCCUCCAGCGCCGCCCAGAUGGACUCAAAACUACCCAAUCAGGGAAAGCCAGGGGGCGCAGGCAGCCAAUCGCAGCCCUCGCCCUGUGACCCCAAAACUCUAGGCCCUAAGGGGCCCGUAGGGAGCCUAGGACUAAAAAACGGACAAGGCCUGAAUGCAGGCAACGGGGCCAAGGGCAAAAUGAAGAGGGAAAGAAGCACUUCGGUGGAGUCUUUUGAGCAGCGUGACACAGGGACGUCCAACAACGAGGGGGAUCAGAAAGAGCUGGGCAGCCGAGCCAAGAGGCUGUGUGUAGCUGAGCGGCGGCAGCCCUACAGUGGAGCGGACUGGUGCUCUGGGGGCGAGAGUGACGAGGAAGACCCAGGGUUCUUUAACUGCAAUUCGAUAGAGAUGAAGCCUCUGGACUCCAACAACGCGCUCAGCUCGGCCACGUCGACCCACAAUGCCGUUGGAGGGCAGAGCAUGGAGCUGGGCGGCAGUGGUCCCAAGCCCGGGUCAAAGGUCGUGUACGUCUUCACAACAGAGAUGGCCAACAAGGCGGCUGAUGCGGUCUUCACAGGCCACUCGGACAACAUCAUUGCCUUCCACAUGAACAACAUCUCCAACGGCAAGGGCAACAAGCCCCAUCUACCUGUGAAUAAUCAGAUGGGACCCCCUCGGGGUGACUCCAAGCAGCUGGGUGGAGCCCCCCAGCAGCAGUCAUCUCACCCUUCUGACCAGAACCACAAGCAGGCCUCCAAAGCACCUCCACCAGGCCAACAGCAGCCAGUAGAAGCCCAGCCUCAGGGGGCCAAGCCUGGGAGCUUCCCCCAGGACGGGGCUGCCUCUGGGGGCAUGGACUCUAAGAGCGGAAGCCCCCAGGACGGCACCCCCCACGACCCUAACAGCAACCCUGGAGGGCCGCCCGGCCACCAGACCCCCUCUGGACCAUCCCAACAGGGCUUCCCCUCUCUGGACCUUCCCAAUGGUGCCGACGCCAAACUCACAGCCCAGCAGCAGCAGCAGCUGGCACAUGAGCUGAUGUCCAGCAUGGGGGACAACUCUGAGGGCCUGUCCCAGGAGCAGCUGGAGCACCGCGAACGCUCUCUGCAAACGCUACGGGACAUCCAGCGCAUGCUCUUCCCUGAUGACAAGGAGUUAUCACUCAAAGACAUGGUAGCCAUGGGGCAGGGAAACCCGGGCGGGCCCCCCGGGCCCAACCCCGGCAUGAUGGAGGGGGGGCCCAAGAAGCCAGGGGAGCAGGGCCCCCUCCAGGCCAUGAUGGCCCAGUCCCAGAGCCUGGGGAAGCCUGGAGGCCCUGGGGGGCCCCGGCCCGAUGGCCCUCCAUUUGGGCCCGGAGGCCUCAGAGACAUGCCAUUCUCCCCGGACGAGCUGGGGCCCCUGCCUCCUGGGCCGCCUAUGAACACUCACGGAGGGCCCGGCGGUGAGCACGGGGAUCACACAGGGAUGAACCCAGAGCAGAUGGCAUGGCUGAAGCUGCAGCAGGAGUUCUACGAGGAGAAGAAAAGGAAGCAGGAGCAGAUGCAGCACCGGGGGCCCAUGGGCGACAUGAUGAUGCACCAACAAGGCCCCCGGGGCCCCAUGAUGCGCGGGCCCCCGCCUCCCUACCAGAUCAAUUCGCCUGGGGAGAUGUGGGGCCCCGAGCACUUCCCAGAGCAGAUGAGCAUGGGCCCCCGGGGCCCCAUGCACCCCCACAUACAGAGGAUGCCCGGCGGCUUCCCUCCUGGCAUGAUGAACCCGGGUAUGGAGGGCGGCCCCAACCCCAGGGGGCCCCGGCCUGGAAUGAAUUGGCCCGACGACGUGGGACCCAACAUGGGCGAUGGCAGGGGCUUCCCGCCCGGACAGGGGCAGUUUGUAGGGCCAGGGGGUCGGGUGGAGAGGUUCCCCAACCCACAGGCGGUGCAGGAGGCCAUGUUCCAGCAGGGCAUGGGGGGUGACAAGCAGGGCAUGGGGCUGCCCCCGGGCAUGAUCAUGGAGAUGAACAGGAUGAUGGGGGGCAACGGCCCCCGGGGGCCAAUGGAAGGCCCUGGCAAUGGCCCUAACGGAGGAGGCAUGAUGUUUCCCAGAAUGCCUGGCGACGUUGGCCCCAUGAGUCCAUCCUCCAGGAUGGAGUUUGUCAAGGGCCUGGGCAGGGACAUGGGCCCUGAGUUCAGCAUGGGCCCCGGGAACAUGAACAUGGGGCCCAACCCCCAGAUGAUGCAGGCUAAGAUGAGGGGGGAGCCUCCCAUGAACUUGAGCCCCGAGGAGAUGAUGAAGAUGAGAGGAGGCUCCAUGCCAGAGAACAUGGGCCCGCAGAAGAUGAUGCAGGGAGCUCCCUUCCCUGACCAGGGGCACCACCCAGGGGACUUCAACAUGGGCCCCAACCGCCACUUCCCAGGCAUGGGGCCUCACGGGCCAGGGCCUGGGAACCCUAGGUGCCCCAGAGGUGAAACCCCCUUCGGCCCUGACCAGCGAGGACCCAACCACGGCGGCAACGGUCGCCUCAGCCAUAUGCCCCCCAACUCGGGCCCGCCUCCCAACCAGAGGAACAUGGGGGUCCGCAAGGGUCCCCAGGACAUCCAGGGCGGCCAGGCUAACUCACCCAACAUCAACCCCCUCAAGUCCCCUACGCUGAGGCAGGUCCAGUCCCCCAUGCUGGGCUCGCCCUCUGGGAACCUCAAGUCCCCCCAGACGCCCUCCCAGCUGGCCGGCAUGCUCCAGGGUCCCUCGGCGGCGGCAGUGGCUGCAGCCGCGGCGGCCGCCUCCAUCAAGUCUCCACCCAUGAUGGGUUCGGCUGGAGCCUCUCCCGUCCACAUGAAGUCGCCCUCGCUCCCGGCACCCUCCCCAGGGUGGACAUCGUCCCCCAAGCCCCCCAUGCAGAGUCCAGGCAUCCCCCAGAACAACAAGCAGCCGCCGCUCAGCAUGACCUCACCCAACAUGAUGGGCAACGUGGAGCAAGGUGGGAAUGGUCCCCCCACAGCACCCCCUUCCAGUAGUGCUUCCAGUCUUCCGUCUGGCAGCCCCUACGCCCUGCCCCCUGAGCCCACGAUAUCUCAGAACCCACUGUCCAUCAUGAUGUCACGCAUGUCCAAGUUCGCCAUGCCCACUUCCACGCCCCUCUACCACGACGCCAUCAAAACGGUGGCGAGCUCGGACGACGACUCGCCACCGGCCCGCUCGCCGAACCUGCCGCCCAUGAACAUGUCUGGUAUGGGAAUGAACCACCACCCGGGCCACAACCGCAUGAUGGCUCCCACAUCACAAGGCCCCAUGCCCGCUCUCAGCCCCAUGGGCAUGAACACCAUGGGCUCCCAGCCCCUCUCCCACGGCAUGCCUAACCAGAUGCCCUCGCCCAACCCAAUGGGGGGACCCCACCAGGGGCCCAUGGGGCCGGGUAUGAUGGGGCCCCACGGCAUGAUGAUGCCCGGCGGGCAGGACCCAGGGAUGGGCAACCCUCAGAUGAUACCUCAGGGCCGUAUGGGCUUCCCCCACCGAGGCCAGGGAUUCCCCCCCGGUCACUCUCCUCCUCAGCAGGUCCCUUUCCCCCACAACGGCCCUGGGCCCCAGGGUGGUUUCCCCCACGGCAUGGGCUUCCAGGUGGAGGGGGGCCCCAUGGGCCGAAUGGCCAGCAUGGGCCCCGGCGGGGAUCCGGGCGGCAUGUGUAAACCCAACACCCCCGGAGGAGGCCAGGACUUCAACAUGUUCAAUAAUGAUAACGACCUCCACGAGGUCAUGCGAACGGGAGCCACCGGAAUGCCGGAGUUUGACCUCUCCCGGAUUAUCCCAUCGGAAAAGCCCAGCCAGACUUUGUCCUACUUCCCCCGCGGUGGCGACGGCCCGGGGGGGAAACCUCCUCACUCCUCCGGCCCCCAGGGCUUCCCUCCCCAGAUGCAGGGGAUGAUGGUGGAGGGGAACCCCAGGAUGGGGAUGCCCAUGCAGGGGAUGGGGGGUCCGCCGGGCCCUGGCCACAUGGGGGGGCCCCAAGACAUGCCAAUGGGGAACCCUGGCCACAAUCCCAUGCGGCAGCUACACCCGGGCCACCCCGGCUUCAUGCCCCAGGGCAUGAUGGGACCCCAGCACCGGAUGCUGUCACCGGGACAGCAACCGGGCAUGAUGGGAGGACCUGGGCAUGGGAUGAUGCAAGUUAAAGAGAGGGGGGGGCUCAUGUACAAUCACCCGGGCCCCGUGGGCUCGCCCAACAUGAUGAUGUCACUCCACGGCAUGGGUGGCCCCCAGCAGACUAUGAUGAUGCCGCCUCAGAUGAGGCCUCGCGGCAUGGCAGGGGACAUGGGCAUGGGCUUCAACCCUGGUCCCGGAAACCCCGGGAACCUCAUGUUCUGAGCUGCUACAGCCAAGUAGAAACUAAAGACCUGACUCGGAACCCGCAGGAGUCUAGAACCUGGAGUCUAGAACCUGCGCCAACAAAGGAAUACACAUGAGACUUGUGCUCUCUUAGGCGGUUGUUGUGUGGACUGGGGACGCAUACAUUCACUCUGGCACAUACACGCACACACAUCCCGAGACACUUUUGUGCUGGUUUAGCAGUCUGUCGGGUGUGGUGGUGCAACUGCAGCGUGUUCCACGGAGGGGAAGGCAGAUGUACACCAUUUCAGAGGGGACUGACCUUUCUCUGUUUGGGAAAACGUAGAAUGUACGGGACGAGUCUAAGCUCCAGUGUUCUACGGGCGGAUAGGAAAUGGGCCUCUUCAUAAAAAGUCAAGGGAUGACCCGGGACCAGAGGUCCGUAGUUGUACUGUUAUAAGAACAGCUAAACGACGAAAUGUAAAGAACAAUAAAGGAUUAAAAACACAAGGAACUGAAUAAAAAGAUGAAAAGGUCACCGUUUUUUUUGUUGUUGUCUCGAGUUGCACCAUUUUUGGCUGUAUGUUUACAUCUCAUCUCAUCACUACCCUCCAGAGAUUCAAUGCUCUUUGUAUUUGUGUACUGUAUUUGUGUUGUUAAAGGGAUUUUAAUAGUGACUUCUAGUUUGUUUUCACAUCUUCUUUUGUAAAGGAGGGUGGGGGUGUGGAGAGGGGGGUAGGGUAGCCAAAUGUCGCUGCAACUCCCACUCCGAAAUGCUGUUUACCAUGUAGGGGGGUCAAAGUAUUUUAACUGCAUUUUCCUUUGUUACUCUGUAUAAUAUGCCAAACGAUGACCUCAUACAGAUAAUAGUAUUAUUAAAAAAGCACAAACAUGAUUUAACUGUAAAGAAUGUUAUUUUUUUUUUCUUUUCUCCUGUUUUUGUCAAAACACUCGGUAGGAGGGGUGAUUCUGGGGCAUACGCAGUGAGGUGCUGGUGAGGCCUGGUUUAGAAUUGGAUAUGGGGUUGUGGGUUAGGGGGGGUGAUGUCUGUCACACCUCAAACCCCUCUUAGCCCUAACAGACAAACGGACACAGCAGCAAGCAAAGCCUCUGCUCUCACCUUUCCAGGAUAGGAGUACAGAGAGGAGCGUAAAGAAGACGAAGCAGCCUUAACCAUGUCUGGAUUACUUGGAGGGGUGGUGACCAUGGAAUUUUACUGAUUUUUUUUUUUUUUUUAAACAAAAAUGACAACAAAAAAAAGCGAAACAGAAAAUGAGCUAAUAGGUCGUAUCUGUGUCCCUGCCUCUCCUGUGUUAACACAUUGUCAUGUGACUCCAUUGAAUUUGGUACAGGGCUGUGGUGUUGGAAGACAAAUAAAAUAUAUUGUUUGGUA